CCAAGCUUUGAUGCAUGAGAAUAUUGACCUUCAACAAUACCACGUGAAAAUGAAUCACAUCUGAUACCAAGCAACUAACGGUAACUUAACUACUUUUAGUGGGCGAAUUGCAUGGCCUCAUUAAGCCAAUCCAAGGAAUCGAUCAAGCAAAUCAGAAUCUGCGGUGUUCAUGUGGAGCGAUUAGGAAUGUUGAAGAGGAAAGAAAUAAGAACCAGGUGGUUAGAUUUCUUAGGGGUUUGAAUGAUCAAUUUUCUGAGGUUAGGUCUCAGUUGAUGUUAUUAGAUAUCCUCCCCAAUGUAAAUCGUGUGUUUGCUCUUGUUGCUCAACAAGAAAGACAAUUUUCUUGUGAAAAUGUUUCUGGAUCCAAAGCUAUGAUGGUCUCAAGAGAAGGUACAAGUGAGAAUCGAGGUGCUCAAGCUGAGAAUAGGUCUACACAUUCUGAGAAUAGGAAUUCUCAUCACUCUUCCUCAGGAGGUUGCAGCAGCAACUAUGGAGGAAACAAGUGGUCCAACAAGAAGUGUUCUUACUGUGGAAAAAUGGGUCAUACAGUAGAGGAUUGCUACAAGAAACAUGGAUUCCCACCAGGUUUCAAAUUCAAGAAUCCUAAGUAUGCCAACCGUUCUGCAAAUUGUGUCCAUAGCAAUGAAGAAGACCAAGAUUCUCAGGAGGCAGUUUCAGGACAAGAGAGCACAAGGUUUGGCUUCACUGCAGACCAAUACCAUCACUUGCUAGCCCUUCUUCCACCUCAAGAGCAAAAGGGUUCAUCCUCAGGUCAUCAGGCUAGUGUAAACUCGUGUGUUCAAGGUCAAUCGUCUAAGAAUGGUAAAGGCUCUUCACAAGGUGUACUGACUAAGAAUGGAUUCCAAUGCUUGGAGGACGAUUGGCACAGCUAAAGUAGAGAGAGGAGGGUUAUACAUCUUCAACAAAGCCUCUGUACAUCCAUUUCAAGCUACACAUUCAGACAGUGUAAAUACCAGUGCAAAUACUACUGUAAAUCCCUUGAAAACUUGUGAUUCUGCUUCAUUUCCUACCAUUGUAAAUAGACACAGUUUAGCUUGUGUUUUUCAGUCUAGUGUACAAAAUUUGUGGCACUAUAGGCUAGGCCAUCCUUCUUUUGUCAAAGGUCAAUCAAUUAAUGACCUCUUUCCAUAUGUACAUUGCACAAAAGAUACUGUGUGUGAUAUUUGUCCACUUGCAAAGCAAAAGAAAUUGAGUUUUCCCCUUAGUACAUCUGU